GUCGCGUGCUUCUCUUCGUUGCUCGCUCUCUCUUCGUCAUCUGCACCCGUUCGCUCGCUCGCUCCGGUAGUGCCUCCGCCCACUAGAACCCUCGAGCCCAACAAGAAGCGAUGGCCCUGUCCGCAUGCUCUCGCCGGCUCUCUGGCAGCGUUCGCGCUCGUGCUUGCUCUGUAACGCUCUCCACUGCCAGUCAGCCUCUAGCCUUCCGGUCUAGCAACACGCUUUCUGGUCUGGACGCGCUCUGCCAUGACACCCCCGCUCUAUGCACCUCGGGCAAGGACACUGCGCUGGACGCGGUCGGACUGGGGCUUCUCGCUGGAUCGGCACACGCGCCCUCCCAUAAGCAACUCGGCCUCUCGGCACUGGGCCGCCCCCGCCCAGCGCGGCGGUCUCCGAACGAAAACGACGCCGCGGACACGUUGCGCCGCCAGCCGUCUGCGGGCCCCCUGUGGCGUCCGCCCGGGCUAUGCUCGAGCACUAGCAUGAACGCCCUCGGCGAUCCUGGCUUUUCACUUGUCCAUAGCCAAGUCGAGCUGCGACUACAGGAACCCGCGUCAAGUCGUCCUGCUCGCGCUGCGUCUCCACUUAUCCGGCAGACCGACGAGCUCCUCCACGGGCUCUCACUGGCGCAGGCGCAGGCGCAUGCUCGCUGCCCCGUUCGCGCUGCCUCACUUGCGGUGCGCUCAUUCCGCGGUGUCCCCAGUACCACCCCGGAACCCAAUUCUCUGCAGGGAAUAUAUGCGGCUGAGCCCGAGCCGGGUAAGGUACUCACACCUCUGUCUUCGUCGUCGUCAAUCGCCUCGUCGAGAGCGAUGCCAUCCCCAGCCCCCACCCGUACGAGCUCAAGCUCGGAGAUGCCACCUCCGCCAGCGCCAGGACCGCUCUUGCGCAUCCCAAGCAGUAUGAGGAUCCCGAUGCCGCCUGCACCAGCCCAACGGCCGCCCUCGCCUUCGCCUCCUACUCCCUCUUCCGCAACUUCUUAUCCUUCGAGCAUGUCGCGCUCGUGUUCGCACUCACAAUCGCGCUCCGGCUGGGAAAGCCCCGGACUUCCUC